CAACACCACGCGGACGAGCUUUGGGCCGGCCCACUAAAGCCAACCCUUCAGGCGGGCACUAGGAGCUCCCCUGGACCUCCUCCCGCCGCCGCCGCUGCCGCUGCCAUGCUCGGCCAUCUCCGGCGAUCCUCCGCCGUUCUUCGCCGCCUACCGACCGCCAGCUUCGCCGCCUCCGACCCUACCGCUUUCUACGCGGGAUGGAGUUCACGUGACCAGCCACUCUCCUUUGGUUCAUGUUGGUGCACCAAGCAUAGUGCCAGAGAUUUCUCCACAAAUGAUAAGAUUGCCAAUGGCCGUCGAGGGUAUCGGCAAACGGAGUUGAAGCCUGGUACUGCCCUGAAGGACAACGAUGCAAUCAUCGAGCGCAUACAAAAGAGCACAAGGGGGUUGAAACAAGGGCCGGUUGGCCACACCCUUUCAUCAGCAGAGAAAAGGAAAUUUCUUAUCAACACUCUACUUGAUCUUGAAGAUUCAAAAGAAGCUGUUUACAGCACCCUUGAUGCUUGGAUCGCCUUUGAGCAGGACUUCCCACUAGCCUCGUUAAAGCAAGCAAUUGUAGCCCUUGAAAAGGAGGAGCAAUGGCAUAGGAUUGUCCAAGUAAUUAAAUGGAUGUUGAGCAAAGGGCAAGGAAAUACGAUCAGAACAUACGAGCAGUUAGUGCGUGCACUCGAGAAGGACAACAGAGCUGAGGAAGCACAUAAAAUCUGGGUGAAGAAAAUAGCCCAUGACCUGCAUUCAGUUCCUUGGCGUUUCUGCGGUCUUAUGUUGGCUAUUUACUACAGAAACAAUAUGCUAGAGAGGCUUAUCAAGCUCUUCCACACUCUUGAAGCAUGUGGUCGUAAAUGUCCUAGUAAAGAAUAUGUACGGAAAGUUGAAGUUGCAUAUGAAAUGCUUGGUCUAUUAGAGGAGAAGAACGGUUUGCUUGUGAAGUACAAGGAUUUGUACAACAAGCCAUCAGAUAGUGACAGGAAGAAAGGUCGACAAUUCAAGAAGGCUGAGAAGAAAUCUGCUGAGGGCACGAAACAAUGCGAGGAAACAUCUGAAGAUCAACCAGUUAAUUGCCCUUCAGAUAAGGAACCGGCUCCCAGCAGUUAGUCGAGAUACAAAGUAAAGCAAUGCAAUUGCUGACAUAAUUGAAUGCAGUUAUGUUUCCAACUCUGAAACUUUAUCCUGUUGUUGCCCUUUCAUAUGCAAUACUGGUGGCAUAGUUGGAAUUAGACAAGGAACUGAUGCAGCGGACAGCCUAAUACUACUAACACUUCUGUACAACCGAUAUUCCGCUCCUAAUUGGAAGACAGCGCGGCGCAACACCUUCUUGUUUCUUAAACAUCUGGCAUGAGGUUCUGAUUUACUUUGUGCUGCAUAGGAUAAGUAUUUGACAAGUGUUCGGCUGAAAAUUAUCAUAUCUGAAUAUUCUAACGAGUGGAUGUUUAGUGCUUCUUUAUUAUUCGAAAAAAAGGGCCUACAGUGAAAGACU